AUGUGAAAAUAUUAUUUAUUUAUAAAAUGUUAUCAUUGAGAAUAAGAACAAUCUACCUUUCAUGUAUAUACUGACCACUAAAUGUUUUUCGCCUUGUUCUAUCAUAUUAUAUUAUCCUUUUUGCCUGUAGAUAAUUGUUUUUCAAAAAUAUGCACAGUUUUUUUAAUGGAUAUAGAUGCGCCUAGAAAAUGGUUCUCUUGGAGUUUAGAAAGUUUCAUCUCAUAGCGCAAUUAUCAAGCGCUAUCAAGCAAUAUUACAUAUGCUGUUUUGUAGAAAAAUAUAAAGCGGCUGUAUUUUGUUUUUUAUUCAGUGUACUUACAUCUCAAGAAAUAAUGGGAUUGUAAUAGAUUGUAAUAGCGUAUAAUUACGAUUGAUCGAGGGGCCUGCGCUUUAUUUCUCUACCUACGAUUAUUCAGUAACGUUUACAUCGUGCAAUUUUACUAAACGAAGUUCACAUGAGUCAUAGUGCAUUGACAUCUCGAUAGUCGUCGGCUCGCAACGUUCGGUGAUUGUCACAGAACGAUGAAGCGCACAAGUACCAUCAGCCGCCCAGUCGAAAUUGGUCUCCGUUUCAUCGGCAUGUGGCCGGACUCGGCUUAUGCGACUCUCUAUUGGUUAAUCUACAUGACGACGAUGGUGAUAGUGCAAUAUUACCAAUAUGCGUAUGUCCUCACGCAUUUUGAUUUGAGUGAUAUCUCGCUCCUCAUGGACUGUCUCGGUCUUACCCUGGCGUAUACGCUUGCCUUUCUUAAGCUCUUUGCCUUAUGGUGGAAUCGCCGGACAUUUUAUUAUAUUGUAAAGGCGAUGGAUCAAGAUUGGAGAGAAUGCGUUCUCAAUGACUCGUACGAGUCUACGAUGACUGGUGUGGCGGACUUGUCACGUCGUUGCUCCAACGUGAUGAUCAGUAUCAAUGCUUUAGCUGCUUUUUUCCUUUCGAUCGGCGAACAUUUGCUUCAGUCGAUGGGCGACGCCAGUGGAGUUGAUAUAAUUAAUAAUUCUCGAGAACUCCCUAUAAAAAUGGAGUUCCCCUUUGAUGUCAGCGAAUCGCCAAUUUUUGAAUGCUUUCUAGUUGGACAAUUCCUCUACGAACUGUUGCUGGCUUCUAUAGUUGGUAUGAUAAAUGCGUUACUCGUAUCACUGAUACUUCAUGUAAGCGGUCAAAUCGAUAUUAUGCGACAAGACAUAAAUGAAAUUUCUAAUAGAAAAUACAAUUCCAGCGCAUCCUUAAUUAUUAUUAAAGGGCUCAUUUGCAAACAUCAGAAGAUUAUUAGUUUAUCAGAAAAUAUUGAAAACUUAUAUACUUAUAUCGCAUUAAUGCAACUUCUAUGGAAUACUCUGGUCAUCUGCUGUACUGGUUUUGUGAUUGUAAUCACUAUUGGCACUGAUGAAAGUGCAACAACUUCAAUCAAGUCUGUGAGUUUUUACAUUGCAAUCACUCUAGAAGUUUUUAUACUCUGUUUUGCCGGUGAAUUUUUGAGUGCCAAGAGCAAAUCGAUUAGCGAUGCAAUAUACGAAUCACUUUGGUAUGAUAUGCCACCGACUAAUAGCCGCAUUUUAUUGUUUGUGAUAUUAAGAUCGCAAAAACGUUUAACGAUUACUGCGGGAAAAGUCAUUGAUUUAACUUUAGAAGGAUUUACAAGCAUUAUGAAGGCAUCGGCUUCUUACGUAUCGGUAUUAAAUGCAAUGUACUAAAUUCAGAAUGACAUUUGUCAGUUGCUACAAUA